AACUCGGACGAGUACACCCCUGCAAGACACCUCAGCUAGCUCUCUUCGUCACAAGAAGGCGAUUUUGUCGGACUAUUUUGUCACACGUUUGAGGUUUAAUACUAGGAGCAAACAUGGCUAGGUACGGGGGAAGAAACCUGUUGUACGAGAAGAUGGAUUUAGACUUUUGGCGGGCCAUCUUUGCCGAGUUUUUGGGCACGAUGUUGUACGUGUUUGUGGUGUGCGGGGCACAUGUCGUGGUGGCUCUGUACAACGGAGUAGCGCAGUACACCGCCACCCCGACCGUCUUCCCGCACGACCAAAUCAGUCCUAUCGUCAUCGCCCUGGCGUCCGGGUUAGCCUACGCUACCAUGGUCCAGAUGUUCGGACUGAACAGCGGAGGCCACUUCAACCCAGCGGUGACUAUCGGCAUGGUGAUCGGGCAGAAGAUCACCAUUCUCCGGGCGUUCUUGUACCUGUGUGCGCAGGUGGUCGGCGGGAUCGCAGGGGCAGCCAUCAUGUACGGAUUGUCACCGUCCGCUAGUGCUGCAAGGAACUCCCUGAGAAACUACAUCGGAAUCACCACACCUGGGAUGGCCGAAACGGGGCUUCUAACUAAUGCUGGCGUGACUUCUGCGCAAGCUCUGGGAGUUGAGAUCAUGUUCACCUUCAUCCUUGUCUUCACCAUCUUCGCCACCGUGGACCCCCACCGUAAGGUGCUCGGGAGCGCCUCGCUCUCCAUCGGGCUGCCGAUCGUCAUCGCCGGAUUCGCCGGGCUGUUCCACUCCGGUGCCAGCCUGAACCCUGCCCGCUCCCUCGGUCCAGCCGUCAUUGUUGACCAGAACGCCAUCUUUACAAACCGCUGGACUGACCACUGGGUGUACUGGGUGGGACCGAUCCUAGGUGGAGGUGUGGCCGCGCUGCUGUACGAGUUCAUCUUCAACCCACUGCGCUACAUCGCUGAUGACCUGGACAUCGUGGACCAAGACGUUAUCGACAUCCUGAAGUACCUGGCUCACAAGUACCGUGGUAUGUACAUGAUGGCUGACGCCGAGCCGAUUAUAGAAGACCGCUACAUUGUCGACGCUCCGCGCGCUUCGCUGAAGCCGACCCCGGUCUACCGCAAACCAUACUACGUCCGCUCCAACGACGCUCCUUACACCCUUCGCCAGGAGCCCGCUCGUACCCUCCCCGAGCCGACCUACAACAUGUACCCCCGCACUGAACCGGCCUACCCGCUUCGUCAGUUGAACGGGGCCGCUCCAAUGUAAACCGCCAGAGGGCGUCCAUGUAUGGUCAAAGAUACAGCCUAACUUUGCAUCACAAGAAAUACCAUUCAUUUUGUAUCCCCAUCCAUUUUAUCCGCUUACCCGCUUCGUCAGUUGAAUGGGGCCGCUCCAAUGUAAACCGCCAGAGGGCGUCCGUGUAUGG